CCUUCCGUACGUGCUUUGCACUUGCUUCUUCCCCUUCCUUCCUUAAAGACCAGUUAUCUUGGUUUCUCCAACUUUGUUGAGGUCUCUCUGACUAUUUAUUUCCUUUUACGUCUUUGCUCUAUUCUACCUGAUUGGAAUAUUCGUUUGAUCUAUACAUUCAUUUCGUGUAGUCCCAGAGACCUCUAUCACCAGUUGAAUCAUGAACCAACAAGACAACGUGACUGUAGACACUCGCGAAUCUGUUGACACGUGGUAUUUUCAUCGCAUGAACGAAACUGAUUUAGCUGCCGAGGAAGCGUAUUUUGCGCACUAUGAUCAAGAAAUACUUGAUACGAUUGCCGUCGCUGACUAUGAAGAUGGUUGUAUGCAGAAUGACUACGACGACGAGAUCAUGAACGACAACGAAUAUGUUUUAAACGAUCAUUACGAUGAUGCGGAACAUGAUUAUUGUAGCGAUUCACUUCUUAAUCUCGUAUUGGACGUUCAGUCUUAUCUGGAAGAAGCCUGCCAUGCCGGUUUCGUGAAAACCGAUUCACCGUUGCUGGAGCUUCAAUAUAAAAUGCAUCUUUAUUUUGAAGCCACACGUUUACGAUCUUGGUCGCAAUAACAAUCCACAUCAUUUUAAC